GUCCGUCUACUUAAACAGACCGACGGGAAACACGUCACGAAUAGAACUAUUCGUCGCCCCCCGAACGAUAUAACUACUACAAUUUCAUUACAUGUUAUAAAACCGGGCAUGUAAAACACAGAAGAUUGCAAUAUUGAGGCUAACUUAAAUAUUUGAAGACUACAGAAUGGUGCCAGCUGUCAUAUUUGUUGACAUACAAAAACAAAUAACUUCUGUGGCUAUCAUAACUGGUUCUGGGACUGUUUUAAUAAAUGACAGCCCAUGGCUCUCAUGGAAAAAACAGACUCAGUACAACUUAAAUGUGAGAUUUUUGCAUCAUGCAAAGAAGUUUCUGAUUUCCAUCCCACAACUGGUGAAAAACAAUGCAAAAAAAAACCAACAGUCAAUCACUGAUGAUGGAUGUUUUGCGGUGUACAGUAAUGUGAACUGACAGACUGGAGUGAAAGAUAAUCCUCAGGACAGGAGCAGAAUCAGACCUGAUGCAGCUCACAAGUUAACUACAAUGUCGUCGAUCGACUCCUUCUCCAACACCUCACUCCUUCACAUGGGCUGCAGCGUCAACACAUCCCUCUACCCAAUCUUCUAUCUUUGCUUUCAAACCGCAUUCAGUUUGCCUGUCUUCACCACUUUGGCCACCAUAAACUUCCUCAUCGUCCCCAUGUGCAUCAUCAUCCUGUGGAUGGGUUUCAGUCGAUGUUGGAACGAAGGAAAAGAACCCUUGAGCCACUAUGAUGUCUUUGUUUACCACAUGGCUGCCACCGAGGUCUUGAUGAAUGUUGGAUUUAUCUUGAACUGUGUUUCCAUUUUCACCUGCAACCUGUCCGUGAGGACGACUGCGUACUAUCUUAUCACCACUACGUACCCAACGCAGUCUUUCUUCCACUGCUUGACCUGUCUGGAGCGUUACGUAGCGGUGGUCCAUCCCAUCGCCUACCUGAGUCUGAAGAAGUCCAUUUGGUUCCGGCACGUCAGCAGUCUUGCCAUUUGUGUCUUCUCCCUGGUACUGAUGCUGGUGUGCAUCUCCCAGUUCCCAGAGUUCCCUGGUGUGGUGUUCAUCGUGGUCCUUCUCCUCGUCAUAGCUGUUGUGACGUUCUGCACUCUCGCUAUUCUUCAUGUUCUGAUCAACUCAGGUCUGAGGAAAGUUGGCAGGAAAGGGAUCGACCAAUCAAAGCUGAGGGCCUACCAUCACAUUCUGCUCAUCACAGGAACCCUGGUGCUGAGGUCGUUAGGUCUCAUGAUUUACAACGUGAUCUUCAUGCUGGACGCAGGUCAACACAGCCUGGGCUGUUUGGUUCUGGUGUUUGGGAGUUUGUUCUGUCUUCCCUGCAGCGCCCUGGUUCCUCUGCAGUAUCUGCACAGAGCGGGAGUCUUCGCCUGUUUCAGCUGUAAAACCAGACCUUUAGACAAAUAGAUGAGAAGUCACCAUGAUGCUAGGCCCUGAGCAGAGCACUAGCCACAAAUUAAAUAUUAGAACAGUUCUCAACAAAGGAGAAAAUAAUAGAAUUCAUGGAAUAAUAUAGUAUUCGUAUUAAUUCCUAUAUUCGUAAGAUAGGAAUUAAGACUCAAAUACACUCAAGUUAGAAGUACUGAAGCAAAUAGAUAAAAAUCAAACUAUAUGAAAAUUCAGUGGUGGACAAAUUAAAGAAAUACAGAACUAAUCAAUAUAAAGGCUUCACAUCAACACGCUGUUACCUCUGAGCAAUAAAACUGACCCAUUGAUCCCUCUAGCAUUUUUGCUUCUUCAUUGAGUUUCUGUUAAGAUUCAUGAGAUUCAAAAAGCCUUGCACCCUGACACGUCAUUAAAAACAAAUUGCGGUCUGAUUGAUUGACGACUGUCGGCUCACCAUGUCCCGAUGUCUCGGGGUGGUCUUUGCCUGUGCGACUGCUAUGCCUGUGAGUGGCACCUCUAACAAAGGGAUCCUGGGAUUCCGUAAGGGUCACCUCAAGCCUUGUUUGCACCCCUCCACCAGACUUGAGAUUGGGAGAGAGAGGGCUUCGUUCCCAUACAGGCCUAUGCUGCUGAGACAUCUGGGUAGUCCAAGCCACUUCCUCUCCUGUGCAUUAACCAACGUCUCAGGACGAUUGUCAUGGGAUAGGGUGACCUCAUAGAUUGAAGUUGGCCACAUAAGGCGGGGGAAGUCCAAAGAGAAAGCACCGGAGCUUCAGCUUCCCUGGGAGAGCAGUGCUGUUUAUCUGCUUUAGGCUAGGGAUUGAAUCCCAUCUUUGAGCUCUGCAUUGUACCAGCGACCAAGGCCUUUGAUGGGCUUCUCCAUGAUUGUUGUUUAUAUGGAGCCUCCUAUUGGUGAGGUGGCCCUUGACAAUUGAGCUACUGCAGGAUCGAAUUAGUUUGAUCUUCAUUCUUGCCCAUCUGAUGUUAUUCUGGAGUUUAUUAGAAAAUUGACAUAUAAAGGCCAAGCAUUCAUGUUUUUAGCAUUUAGCAUUUUGCUCCUCGUGGUGAAGUGACGACUAUUGUAUUCUUUGAGUGGAGAGAGAGCGUUCAAUGAAAAAAUAUUUUGUUUUCCACUCCUUAUUAAACACUCACCGUCCACUUGUCGUUUCUUUUACUAAAGGGUUGGGAUUUUAAACAAAAGCAAAGUGUGAGAAAUACACCUCACCUCUGGAGUGCGCCAUCUAGGGAAAACACAAGCAUUGCAGGAAAUAUGCAACAUGACAAAUCUGAUGAUAAUAUAAUUUAAUAAUAUAAUUGGGACAAGAUUGAAGGCCAGAUUAAAAAGACCUUAAGUCAUUUCAGACCUAAAUUCAAACUUUUAGAAUUAAACAUUUUUAAUUUUGUUUUUGUCAACAUGUAAAUAACAAUCGAUUGAAGGCUGUAGACACAGAAAACAAGGACCAAGGGAUAUAUUUUUGAUUGAAACUCUAUUGUUGUAUUAAUGUAAAAAUGCUAAAAGGUGUUUUUGUGUAAAUUAUCACAUAACAUUGUGUGACACUACUGUAGUUUUGUGUAUUGUGCAUCGACGUUGUUAAGAUCUUUUUAGACGUGCGUGUGUGUGUGCAGUGAUAAAAAAAUGUCU